AAGGUUGCGUACACGGAUUCCACUUUUCGGAACACUAUGUUAUUAUCAGGUUAUUAUACGUAAGAGAAGAGACAGGCUCGGAGAAUUUCAGCUGGGGUUCAAGGAUCGAGCAGUGUGUGCAGGGUUCACAGACAGACAGACGGACGGUGUGUUAUGGAACAGUGAAUGGGUACAGCAGAAGCAUGAGCGGUGGCGCCCUGAGCAUCGAGAUAGUGCUGGUCUUCUUCCUGCCUCUAUUUCUCCUGCAUCGCUAUGGAGAUGUCCGCAAGCAACACCCACUGGUGCUGUUCGGGACCCUCCUGUCCUGGUAUCUCUGCUUCCUCAUCGUCUUCAUCCUCCCCCUGGACGUCAGCACGACCAUAUAUAACCAGUGUAAGAUUGACAAUGAGAAACCCAAGGCUCUGACCAGUGCAGACCACUUUAAUCAGACAUCCAACUCAUCUGUCUUCCCUACGACAAGCACACCUAAAGUAUGUCACAAGCCGUGGAGCUAUGUCCCGGACGGAAUCCUGCCAGUGUUCUGGCGUGUGGUCUACUGGAUGUCUCAGUUUCUGACCUGGCUGUUUCUCCCCUUCAUACAAUCCUAUGCCCGCUCCGGGGGCUUUUCUAUCACUGGAAAGAUCAAGACAGCUCUUAUCGAGAACGCCAUCUACUAUGGCACCUACCUGAUCAUCUUUUGCUCCUUGCUUAUCUACGUGGCUGUUCAUCCCCAGUGGCAGCUGACCUGGCGGGGGCUGCAAACCAUUGGCAUCGCAGCAGCAAACACCUGGGGGCUUUUCCUCUUGGUGCUGUUGCUAGGUUACGGCCUGGUGGAGAUCCCGCGCUCCUACUGGAUCUCCUCUUGCCCCGAUUACCUGUUGGCCAAGACCUACUUCAAGGUGGCCAAGCUGGCGACGGAAAAGGCAGACGCCGACGAAAACAUGGAGGAUGCCAUGGAGGAGGUGGCAAAUGCCAACGAAUCCAUCGGGUACAGUCACCCACUAAGGAAAUGCAUUGACACUAUUUUGAGAAAGUGUCCCACGGAAAUCCGGGAGAAAAUGGUGAGGCUGAACAUGGAGGAUGAAAGCACACAGAGGGCCCAUCCCUCCAGAAGGAGCCUGGUGAAGCUUCAUAAGCAGGUGAUCUAUGCUGGCCAGAGACACAGUCAAACCCAGGUCCAGUGGGCGAUCCUUCUGGAAGAGGCCUUCCAUUUAGAGGACGUGUGUAAGAACGAGGCCAGUCCCUCCCACCAGUUUGUCCAUAGUUUCCUCUCCUCCCAGCCACCCGGCUGGCUCGGCAAACACCUGUACACUCCCACCAUAGAGUGGUACUGGGAGUGUGUGCUGCGACAGUGGUGCUACCGACUGUUGUCUCUACUGCUGUCUCUGCUCUCUGUGGCUGUGGUGUGGUCCGAAUGCACCUUCUUCAGCACACAGCCUGUCCUCUCUCUCUUCGCCGUCUUCAUCCAGUUAGCAGAGAAGGACUACAACUACUUGUACAUAGAGAUGGCGUGCUUCGUCACUAUUUUCUUCCUGUGUGUUUGUGUCUACUCCACCGUGUUCCGCAUCCGAGUCUUCAACUAUUACAACCUGGUACCUCACCAUCAGACAGACGCCUACAGCCUACAGUUCAGCGGAAUGUUGUUCUGUCGACUGACUCCUCCGCUGUGUCUCAACUUCCUGGGUCUCAUCCACAUGGACGCCUCCAUUUCUCACCAGGAGAGAAUAGAGACGGCAUACACCUCAAUCAUGGGCUCUAUGCGUCUUCUCUCCUUCAUAGCAGAUGGUUUCUACAUCUAUUACCCCAUGCUCAUAGUCCUCCUCUGCAUCGCCACCUACUACAGCCUGGGUACCCGCUGUCUCAACCUCCUGGGGUUCCCACAGUAUAUGAGUCAGAGCGAUGACUUGACCUCUGACCUGGUGGAAGAGGGCAGAGAGCUUAUCAAAAGAGAAAGAAGAAAACGACAGAGAAGCCAGGAUGGGGAGAGUCGGAAACAAGGAUGGAGAGAGCGCUAUGGAGAACACCGAAAUGUGGGGAGGAACAGAAAUGGUUAUUCCGAGUUAAAGGACAAUGACUCUCCCACAGACAACAGUGACACUGCCCAGUUGACCUGGAGAGAGAGCGGAGAUCACACUGGGCUACUUCAGGAUAUGGACCCUAGUAUGGACACCGCCAGCCUAGAUCCUAGUGAUUCUCCAACCCAGAGGUAUGCAGGAGGACGUUACCUCUCCCUGGCGUCCUCAAGGACUUACAUUUUCGACGAUGUCUGAGAGGAAACCCCUGCUCAGAGGCUGCGGGACUAAACUGACCUUACCUCAUUGCCCACACGGCUGCUAGUUUCAUGGAUAUUUUCUUCUUCUCUUUUCUCAUUUAGCCUGUUUGUCUUUGGAGAUAGAUAUAGGCCUAUUGUCAUUUUAUUUAUUUCAUGAACAUUGGGAAUAUUUGCAGGGAUUUACAUAUUUUGAAAGGGAUUUGCAAAUAUCCGUCUGGGCUAGUAUGUUGUUUUUUCCCUUCAUUAAUGGGACUUGUUUUUAGUAUUAGAUAAUCUGGGCCUGUAUUCAUAAAGCGUCUCAAAAGGAGUGCUGAUCCAGGAUCAGUUUAGCUUUUGAGAUCAUAAUGAAUCAGAUUACAUGGACCAGGGGGUCCUGAUCCUAAAUCAGCACUCCAACUGUGGCUCCAGCAGUCACCCAAGAACAAAACAUUGUCUGACCUCCUGACCUUGGGAACAACCGUGACCUUUAACCUUAGGAACAAGGGAUGCAUUAGGGCCCUUGAUCAAGUAUUUACCUCCUUUGUUUUCUAUUUGUGUUUUUAAAACCUUUUCAUUCUGUAACGACAACUCAGUGAUUGCCAUUCAUCUCACAAUGCCUCUUGUUUGCCAGGGUAUGUAUGUGUUUUCAGGAUACGAUGACAAUACAUCUCUUCUUUCUAGGGGAUGUUCCUGUGCCUUGAAGGCGUAAUGGAUGUGUGCACUAGUUUUGCUACAUUUUAAAUGGUUUUAUUUCCAUAAAUGCUGUAUUCAAAUAUCAAUGUUCUUUAUAUAUUUUUUUAAUCAACAAGUACUGACUGCACUGCCAUUUUUUGAUCAAUAAUAACUAAGCUCAGUGAUGUUUGAAGCUUGGACCUUAAGUGUGAGGAUGGUGUUAACCAUGUUAACCAUUAGGAACUUUGUGAGUAAAGGCUUGAUUAUGUAGAAUAUUAUUAUUAUUGAACCCAUUAUAUCUCAAAUCCAGUUUCAAUAAAUCAUACCCCCAAAACAUUUUUGAAAAACUAUUUUGCAUAUAUAAAUUAAAUAAAUUGUAUGUAUUUGUAAAUACA